AUGGUAGAAAUGAAUCUUAUAUCAGACAUAUUGGAAAUUGUUAUUGCAAUUCCAUUUAUAUGCUAUUACAUAUAUAUUAUGGCACUCACGCGCAAGUGGAAAGAGCUUGAAUUUAACAGAAUGUGGCGAACUCGAUUGUUUCUCGCUUUAUCCGCAUUUUUAUAUACAUUGAUAUACGCCGUCGCAAAUGUUAGAAUGCUCACAAAGUUAUACGGUAAAAAAGUUGGUUCGCCAGUUUGUGCAGCUUAUGGAUGCGCUCAUUCUGGUCUCUUUUUAUCGAUUUUUAUAAUUAUCGUAACAAUAUUAAUAAAAUUAGCGACAAGUGUCGCAGCACUAGAUUCAGGAACCCCAAACUCCCCAAUUAUCAAAAAAGCAGUAUUGAUAUCUUUGAUUACAGUUAUUAUUACAGCAGCAAUAGUCAUUGUCGAUAUAUUUAAAUUGGAUCUCCCAGUAUUUGAAUCAUAUAACGAGUCAGAGAAUACUUGUUUCAAUUCAACUUUACAAUCAACAGUGAUAUUUAUACUAGUAUUAGUUUGCUUUAUUAUCACGGUUAGAAUUCGCGAUGACUCUGAUUACCUCGGAUUAAAUCGAAAUCAUAAAAGAAUUGUCGGAAGAUUUUCUCUUACAUAUAUUGCCUUCUUUGUGGCCUCACUUGUAUCCGAAGUUAGCCCUUGGAUUGGUGGUUGGGCUAGAGUUGUCACUCAACUUUUAACUUCUGUUCUUAAUCAGGUUAGUUUCAUUAUUUGUCUUAACUUUUUAGUUCAAAAGCCAAUUAAUGAUGCCAAAGAAAUACCGCUAUAUCGUGGUACAAUUACAAAGCGUCACAAUAAGUAUAAUGAUAGCCAUGAAGUUCAGCUUUUAGACGCUGAAAGCGCAUAA